CGUUUCUUCAUCACGUCAGAAAACAUUUUUAAUUUCAAUUAGCGAAAUUCCACAAAACACACUGUUGAAGAAAUGGAUUUGAGGUUGAUGGGUUUCGAUCACCCGCUUUUCCACCCGCUCCACCACAUCGUGGACUACGCCGGCGACGACAAGUCAUCCAACAGCAGCGCGCCUUCUCGGACGUUUAUGCUCGACGCCAAGGCAAUGGCAGCCACCCCGGCGGACGUGAAGGAGUACCCAAACUCGUACGUCUUCAUCAUAGACAUGCCGGGGCUGAAGUCCGGCGACAUCAAGGUUCAGAUCGCCGACGAAAACGUGUUGAGUAUUAGCGGGGAGCGGAAGCGUGAGGCGGAGGAGAAGGAGGGGGCGAAGUAUGUGAGGAUGGAAAGGAGGGUGGGGAAGUUAAUGAGGAAGUUUGUGCUGCCGGAAAAUGCAAAUAAGGAGAAGAUCACGGCGGUUUGCCAGGAUGGGGUGUUGACGGUGACGGUGGAGAAGCUGCCGCCGCCGGAGCCGAAGAAGCCAAGGACCAUUGAGGUCAAAAUUGCUUGAGAUUAGCAUAUGACUGCUCUGUUUCCUUUGCGUUAUGAAUAAUAUAAUUUCUCUUCAAAUGUGAUGACUCAGUAUGUAUGUUGGAAGGAGUUUCUGUUGGUUUUAAUUUCAAAUUAUCAUUUACUAUGUAAUGUUUAAGACCGUGUGACACAAAAUGAAUGCACAAGUUUAA